AGCAUUGGAGACCUGGACUCCCAGCCCGUUCUCUUCAUCCCAGACGUCCACUUUGGAAACCUGCAGAGAGCGGGGCAGGUGUUUGCUUUCAACACUGAAGAAGUUGAUCGAAAUGGAGGUGUUUUAAUGAAGAGGGUUUCAUGUGUUGGCCAGGAAGACCUCUGUCCACCUGCACUAAAGAAGUCCAGAGUGGAACCAGAAAGAAAAGUUCUACUAUAUGUGAGGAAGGAGUGUGAUGAAGUGUUUGAUGCUCUGAUGCUGCGCAGCCCAACCCUCAAAGCUCUGAUGGAGGCUAUCUCUGAGAAAUAUGCGGUGCCUGUUGAAAAGAUAGCCAAGGUUUACCAAAAAAGCAAAAAAGGGCUCCUGGUGAACAUGGAUGACAACAUCAUCCAGCAAUACUCCAAUGAGGACACCUUCAUCCUGGCUAUCGAGAGCUCAGCAGACUCCUGGCGUGUGACUCUGUCGGAGAUCUGAUGGCUACUAACCCCUGCACUGUCAUACUCAUUAUGCUCCAGACGGAGGUUGAUCAGUGCGUGGUGACUCUUUAUCCAUUUCAUGUGCACAGACUCAUGAACGCUGUUAUCAGUGUCGUAUGCUGGAGCCAAACUGUUCUUUGAAGUCACACGGGAGUCUCUGCAGGCUUUCCUGUCCUGCAUGGAUCAUUUUGAACAUUGGCCCUUGGCUCUGGGGACACAGGCUCAGCAAACGUUGAAAACUUGUGGAUUUGUUUUUAGGUUAGGAAAAAUCUUUUGAUCUUUCCUAGCAACCUUACCAGCUGGCAGGAAUGCAGUUGUGAACCCUUUUUGCCCAGCUGUCACUAAAAACAGGAUUCAUCCCGGUCCGCACAAAGACAGCAGCAGCUCUCUGUGGUGUCAGGAAGAAGACGUCAUAACAGAUUAACAGCACAGAGCACUGCUCCGGGCUUCUCCUGCGCCUUCUGUUAUCCUCCCUGUACUUCCUCCUGUGAUCGAAACUUUGAAAUGACGUGACGGGCAUUUGAAAAGCCUUUGCAACACCUUUGAGUCGCGUGGCACUGCUCUUUGCUCGCUACCUUCCUAAUCAAUUUUAGACAUGUCUCGACUUUAAUCUGAAGUGAUGGUACUUUAACUCUUAUUAGCAUCCAUUAUGUUAUUAUUUUUUGAUUGGUUAUAUUUUUACUGCAUGCUAAAUGUUUCCUGUUGGUGCCAGUGAAAAAAUAACAGUUAUUUAUCCCAGAUUGUAACUACAUGCCACUGUCCUGGGAUCUAUAAUUAGAUUGAGGCACCGUUAUAGAACAGGACUUCUGGUCUAAAUUGCUCUUGUUAAAUUGUUCUGCUUCCUCUGUGUGUGUGUGUGUGUGUGUGUGUUAAUUGCUUUUCCUCUCACUAAAGAGACUGCAGUCAUUAGUAUUUAUGACAUUCGUUAGGGACUCGCAGGGCCCAGCCGCUCUAUCCGUUUACUCCUUUGAGGCUGCAGCAGCCGAUCAGAGCACAGCAGCGGAGCGAUCCUGUUCCAGCUCGGUGCGUCUACCUGUAUCCUUCAUAUACUUCACAUGCAGUGAAGUACAAUUUUUACGAUGUGCAAAUAAAAAAAUAGUUUUCUAUAAA